GGGGAAAAGGAUCUUUGCAGGGGAUAAUCCUGGAGGCCUUCCCCAAUGUUUGAGGGACAGUGUGCUAGUCAGGUCCUUCAGUGUGCUGUCUCCAUGGAGGCAGGGAAUGGAGAUCCACGUGGCAGCACAGCCACAAGGGUUAUUGAUGUGUUGGAAUCCAUGAAAGCCCCUGAGAAUGGUCACGUAGGAGUUGGGACUUCUCCAAAAAGGUGUUGGGCUUGAUAACCCGAGUGAAGUGCACCUGCACCAAUGCCCACAGCUUGGUCACCAGCAGGAGAAGGAUCUGGAAACCACUGUGCAUCAGGAAAGCUGUGACAUUGUUGCCAGCACAGAGUCAUGUGGGAUGACUCAAACGAAUGGAUUGCUGCAAUUCAAUGGGGGUAACUUUCCAUGAUUUACCAGCAGCCCUGGCUAACUGGGAGGUCCCAGCUGGCUGGGAGUGAGCAGAAGUGACACACGGCUACGGCUACGAGAAGGACGGGAAGGAGGAUUUGGGGCACUACAGGAGUGUCAGUCAGGUGACCUGUGCUGAUCAGCCUCACACAUCACCAACAGGGCAAUCAAGGUCUGAGGCAGCCAGUGUGAGUUUGUGACAGCAUCCCUGGCACCAAACCGCGGUAGCUGUUCAAGCAGAUAACGUUGGGUUUGCGUGGCCUGGCUGCGUUGCGGCGCCCGUGCGGCCUACCCAUGAGCUCAGACUUCCAGCACUACAGUUUCAGGAUGCCGAACAUCGGGUUCCAGAACCUUCCUCUCAACAUAUACAUCGUGGUUUUCGGCACGGCCAUCUUCGUCUUCAUCCUCAGUUUGCUCUUCUGUUGCUACUUGAUCAGGCUCAGGCAUCAGGCACACAAAGAGCUUUACGCCUACAAACAGGUCAUACUCAAGGAGAAGGUGAAGGAGCUGAACCUCCAUGAGAUCUGUGCCGUGUGCCUGGAGGAGUUCAAGCCCAAGGACGAGCUGGGGAUCUGUCCCUGCAAACAUGCCUUCCACAGGAAGUGCCUCAUCAAGUGGCUGGAGGUGCGGAAGGUGUGUCCCCUGUGUAACAUGCCGGUGCUGCAGCUGGCGCAGCUGCACGGGAAGCCGGACCCGGGCCCGCCGCAGGUGCCGCUGCCCGGCUCCCAGAACAUCGUAUAGUCCCUCCCGGGCCCGGCCCGGCCCGCGCCCGCCCGCGGCGCUCGGACACAACCAAAGCACUUCGGCCGCAGCUGAGCAGCCCCGAAUCCUGCCGGGAUGAAGCCUGGGCUCGGAUCCUCCGCCAGGGCCGGGAGGAGACUCGGCGUCCUCGGCACGACAUCCUUCUUCCAGCACCUCCCUUCUCCAGCGGCGCGGUGGCGCCCGGCGACCCCCGGGAACGUCGGCGCCGCCUGUCCUCAGAGCGCGAAGCGGACCCCGGAGCGCCGCAGCCGGUUCCUGCUCCCUCCUCUCCGCCUCUUCGGUUCCUCGGCCUUUGCGGUUCCCAGCAGGAAAUGGGGGCUCGCCCCUGGAGUCGUGGUGCGGUUGGGUGUCCCCUCGGUGUCACCCCCGGGGGCGGCUGUGUGGGGUCUCCGGGGUUUGGAUCCCCCCACACCCUCCCGAGGGCGGCUGCCCCUCCUCCUCGGCUACCUCAGGGGCCUGGAGUCCCUGUAAGGGGCCCCAUCCCGGCCUCAGCAGCAGCGAGAGCCACGGCAGAAAUCCCGGCCUUUGGGAUCGUCCCGUCGCUUCCAGCCUGGCCCCGGCGGUCUCUGGGCAGCGCUUUCCUUUGCCAAAACACCCCAAACCCUUCAUCAGCGCCUGGCGGGGAGCUGGGCCACCCCCUCGCCUCUCCGAGCACGAGUUUUGGGUGUCGCCUGCCAUCCUCAGCGGUGGCAUUCCCGGGGUUUAGGGGAGGGGGUGUCAGUGUUACGGCAGCGGCUUUCCCGGGACAGGGCUGGGGGGGGCUCCCGGUGCCGUUCCCUCCCUCCCAAAACACCCGGGACUGUUUAUGGAGCGUGGAGCCUCAUAGACGUGUUUGUACACUACAAAUUCUGCAGCAGAAUAUUUUUUAAAACAUUCGCUGGUUUUGGGGUUUUUUUGUUUUGGUUUGGUUUUGUUUUGUUUUUCCUCUGUUUGUUUGGGUUUUUUUUGUAAGCUCUAUUUUUGUAUAUUUAAUUGCUAUUUGAAAAAUUCUAAUAAUGCGUCUUUUUUGCUAAUCACACUCUUCUUAAGGAAAAACCAGGA